AAAUUUCCGCUGUGCUGUUGUGACUCGUCGGCAAGGCAAAGACGGAGCUUCGUCCUGUCGGAACGCGAUUCCACCAUUCGAUCCCUGAACUUGAACGGUCGGCCUUUCGGAAACACACAGUUCAGUGUCCCAGGAUGGCGCAGAACGUCAAUCCGUUCAGCUCGACGCAGAACACGCCAACGAAGGCUGCCGAGGAGAAGCAGCUUAUGCCGAAGGACAAUCAUGCGGUCAGCAAACGGUUGCAAAAGGAGCUGAUGGUGCUGAUGAUGAGUACCGAACAGGGGGUGUCCGCCUUCCCGGAGGGAGAAAAUUUAUUUAAGUGGAUCGGAACUAUCACAGGACCAAAAGACACGGUAUACGCCGGUCUUACCUACAAAUUGACUCUAGAAUUUCCACAUAGUUAUCCAUAUAGCGCUCCCAUAGUACGUUUUGCUACGCCUUGCUUUCACCCAAACGUAGAUCCAGUUGGUAAUAUCUGUUUGGAUAUACUGAAAGACAAAUGGAGCGCCUUGUACGACGUGCGUACUAUUUUACUCUCCAUACAGUCCCUUCUUAGUGAACCUAACAACGACAGCCCCCUCAACGUCGAAGCAGCGGAGCUAUGGAGAAACCAGACGAAAUACAAGAAAUAUCUGACAGAGGAAUAUCACAAGGCACGCGAGCGGGCACAGAGUAAUCGUAACCAGCAGGAUUCAUGAUAAGCCAUUACCAUAAUUCGCUCUUGAUCAUUUAAUAUCAUUAUUCUUCUCAGUGGUAGGCUUAUGAUUAAGUGUAAGAUUAAUUACAAUUUCUGCGCACUCUUUAGAACACUGUCUAAGCUGUGUCUUCUUCCUUUCUAUCUUCUUUCUGCUCGACAUAAUUAUAACGAAAUUUUAAACGAAUUGCGAGGGCAUUGCAUUGCACUGCGUUCAGCUUGUAUUGUACCUCGCGAGAUUUUUGUAGCUACUUUUGUGGAAAUAAUUACAAAUUCACGUGAUCAUCGACAUUAAGAUUAUUAUUGCACUGUAUGAGAAUCGUAUUUAUUUAUUUACCAUGUAGGGACAUAUGUGCAUUGGUUCUUUUGAUCAUUACCACCAUUGUUCAUGCGUUUUCACCGACGCCUCGUAUCUUUCAUUUUUAUCAUUAUCACGUGUAAUUCUAAAAUAAAUAUUUUAAUGAUCGU